UUACCGCCGAAGACACCGAGCGACCUGAUCCGCGCAGUGACGUCACGCCGCGUAGUCGUCGCGUUGCGUGCGGGUUAUACGUGCGCCUAUGAACUUCCGCCAUUGAAAGAAAGAAAGAGAGAGAGACCUCUCCGAGAGUUACUCCGAGAGAAAGAAAGAGCCGCGCUUUUACACUCGCGAAACCGUCGAGAACCGGGAGAAUAAUGUGACCCGGGAGAGACGAGAGGUGAUCCCCCCGGUAUUCUCUCCCUCGUGUGUGUAUGUGUGCGUGCGUGCGUGCAUGCGCGCGCGUCAAACAAGAAACCACCACCCACACGUCAGCGCCGCGUACCGCGUGCGCGCUUACAUGCCUUUCCGUUCUCUCGUCGGCUAGCGAGCGACUCCGCUCCCGCGAAUCAACUCGGAAUCGGAAGCAAACUCGAGAACCGGGAGACUCCCCCCGCGAUCCGCGUGUGUCGUGUCGUCGAGACGUUGUCCCCCUUCCCGUUGUGUGCGCGCGUGCGAGAGAUGGCCGGUAAGUAGCCGCUCUCACAUCAGCCUCUCCUCAUUAUUUUCCAAGGAAAGAGAGAAAGAAACCGGCAGCGUGAUAUAUACGUCGACGAGACCUCCUCGCGAACCUUGACCCAGAUUAGAAGGAAAGAGGGACCUCCUCGCGAUCCUCUCUCCUCGAAUAAUAAAGCGCGUCCUUCGCGCACACACACAUACAUAUAUACACACACACACACUCCCGGGAUUCUCCUCGUGUGCGCGUGGGGGGAGGGGGUGGCGGAUACUCGGCUACGUCGCCGGCGACGGCGACGACGGCAGCGGCGACGGCGACAGCGACGGCCUAGAAAACGCACGCGAUGGAUUACGCCGAAACUUCAAGCAAUGGUGACAUACAGUGGUGUUUCUCACAAGUCAAAGGAACUUUAGAAGAGGAUGUUACAGAAGCUGAUAUAAUUUCGUGCGUUGAAUUUAACCACGAUGGCGAUCUCCUUGCAACAGGAGAUAAGGGUGGACGUGUCGUCAUUUUUCAGAGAGAUCCUAUUAGUAAAAACAGUAUACCACGAAGAGGCGAAUACAAUGUGUAUAGCACUUUCCAGAGCCAUGAGCCUGAAUUUGAUUACCUAAAAUCAUUAGAGAUAGAAGAAAAAAUUAAUAAAAUUAGAUGGCUAAAAAGGAAAAACCCUGCCCACUUUUUACUCUCCACGAACGAUAAAACAAUCAAGUUGUGGAAAGUUAGUGAGAGAGAUAAAAGAGUGGAAGGGUAUAAUACUAAGGAAGAAAGUGGCGCGAUCCGUGAUCCUGCCUGCAUCACUGCCUUGAGGGUGCCAACCAUAAAACCAAUGGAGUUAAUGGUGGAGGCAUCACCAAGGAGAAUAUUUGCCAAUGCGCACACCUAUCACAUAAACAGUAUAAGUGUCAACAGUGAUCAAGAGACAUACCUCAGUGCUGAUGAUCUUAGAAUUAAUCUUUGGCACCUUGAGAUAACUGACCAGAGUUUUAAUAUAGUAGACAUUAAACCAACUAAUAUGGAAGAAUUAACGGAGGUUAUAACUGCAGCGGAAUUUCAUCCUGCGGAAUGCAAUGUAUUGGUAUACAGUAGUAGUAAGGGAACUAUUAGACUUUGCGAUAUGAGAUCCGCUGCUCUGUGCGAUCAGCAUAGUAAGCUCUUUGAGGAGCCAGAGGAUCCAACCAAUAGAAGUUUUUUCUCAGAAAUUAUUUCAAGCAUAAGUGAUGUGAAGCUCAGUAAUUCUGGCAGAUACAUGAUUAGUAGAGACUACCUCAGUGUAAAAGUGUGGGAUUUGCAAAUGGAAACGAAACCAAUCGAAUGCUAUCCCGUACAUGAAUAUUUAAGAUCAAAAUUAUGUUCAUUAUACGAAAAUGACUGCAUUUUCGACAAAUUUGAAUGUUGUUGGAGUGGUAAUGACUCGGCUAUCAUGACGGGCUCGUAUAAUAAUUUCUUUAGAGUAUUCGAUCGUACGACCAAACGCGAUCUCACUUUAGAGGCAGCGCGCGACAUUGCCAAACCAAAAACACUCCUGAAGCCAAGAAAGGUAUGCACGGGUGGUAAGCGCAAGAAAGAUGAGAUUAGCGUUGACUGUCUGGACUUCAAUAAGAAGAUACUUCACACUGCAUGGCAUCCAUCUGAAAAUGUGGUGGCUGUCGCUGCUACGAACAAUCUCUUCCUAUUCCAAGACAAACUCUAGCACAUCUGUAUGCAAAUUAUACAACGGUACAUAUUAACGUGAGCUAGGCACGUUGAACUGAUGAGAGCUCCCAAUGCAACCACCGGGUGUCCGAGUAAUACUGACGAUAGUCGACUGCUAGUCUGUCAGUGGUUGACUGACCGAGGAGUGGUGUACGUAGCGCCGUCCACGCAGCUCACAUUCAUACAUGCUAUAUACACAUACAUAGAGACAUACAGGAUUGCACCUCAUACUUUGUCGCGCACAUAUUUUGUGCAUAUUGAAAAGAGAUGCAAACACGAGAUUAUACUCGCAUAACUCUCCAGGCUAUCGAGUUCGCUAGCUCAAAUAUAUUUGCAAAUGAAAAGAGACAUACGCAUUUGGCAGAAUAUGUGAUUCAUCUAAUUCGCAGACUCGUGUUGGCAGUUAAUAUGAUUUAUAAAUAACUAAUAAUUAGUAAUUUUUUGUGCUUGUAUUAUAGAAAUUGUGCCAUUGUACGGUGCAGUCUAUUCGUGAUCACUGUAGACCACAGGGUGUUUGAUUAUCGCAUUGGUGAAGUGGACAGCGAUGUGAGUAGAAUUACGAGUUGCUUGUUAGCUCGUUUUUACGUACGAUCAAUACGAAUACGUGGUAUAAAGUAUUAAG